ACUGCAGCAGUAACAAAAAAAUAAAUAAAAAAACAACUUGAACAUUUAAUCAGAGAUCUACAUAGCAACCGUAAGCUACACCAAUAUAGAGCGAGAUGAUGGCUACAACUUUUAGCAUUUUAUAAAAAAAUUUUAAAAAAAGAAAAAACUUAAAAAUGUCCCAAACAGAAACAACAAAAAUAAAUAAAAGUUUUAAGGAAUAAUUUCAAACCACUGUACAGUAAGCAUUUCACAUUCAAACUUUGUCUUCUUCCUCCAAUUUCCUGAAAUGUAAUAAAAUACCGACAAUACACGGGGGUUUGAUUGUAAUGGCUUUUGGAAAAAAAAGAAAAAAAAAGAAAGAAAGACUUUAGGCCGUUAUUGUAGGAAGGCAACGACAUGUUCUUUUGUUUGAUUGGGGUCGAUUUCAAAGCCAGCAGAACAUGAAUGAGUGUUUUCUCUUUGAACCCUUCCAAACAAGUCAUUCUUUUUUUUUUCUUUAGUAUUUUCCUUAUUGUUUUGUCAUGAACUUAAACAGUUAACAUGCUGCCUGAGGUCUAUAGGGUCUUGUAUCAAACAUCAAACUGCACGUUUUGAGCUUAAUUUGAAUUUGCGUGUUGUUUUUGACUGAGCCACACUAAAAACUUGAUUUAAAAGGAUUUUGUUCUCUAUGUGGCUGCAACUGGGCUUACUUAAGACACUAUAUAAUAUUAGAUGACAGAGUAUUGGCUCGACAGCCUGCUGACUCGGUGUAAAAAGAGCCCAUUAACAGGAUGAAAUAACAUGUACUUUUGAAAAUUGCAUGCUUUCUUUUCUUUUUUUUUUAUCUGGACCACAGCCAGUUCUGGGGCCUUAUUUGCUUUUAAUGUAAUCAAAUUCAAAUGUAAAAAUAAUCUCCAAGCGUGACAUAAUAAAAAGCGGUUGUUUAAUACAUAUUACAUGACUCCUCAAAUCCCCUCAGUGACGCUCGUGGCAAGCUGACAGGUGUGCGCCGAAGCCAUCCAUUUUCGCUGGGAGUGUAAUUUUGAUAUUGCUCUCUAGUUGGCAAAAUCAAAAUGGUGGCUUAAGUUAUUAAAAGUGAGCAGCUUUCGUCAUUGGCCGCUGAAAUUCAAGGUUGGAGGAGCAGCGAGGAUUAACGUCCUUUAAAGCACAAAGCCUCAUCUCCACUCCGGCCUGCUGUCGCUGCUCCCCGCCCCUCGCUCCCACCUCAUCCCAUCAUCUGAUGCAGUCCUCUUCUGUCUUUUGCUCUUUCUCUCUCGAUCAGGCCAGCUGUCCAUCCACUGUCCUUCAUCGCUGUCUCGUUUCUUUUUCUCUUUUUGCCUGUUUUGCCACCGUUUCGUGCGCCUUCCUCUCUAGAUCCGGGGCGAGAUAUGAAGCGGCACCAUGGGUUUUAUGGAGCUCUACCUGGAGAUUGACCCCGUAACCCUCAACCUCAUCAUCCUGGUGGCCAGCUAUGUCAUCCUCCUCCUCGUCUUCCUCAUCUCCUGCAUCCUGUACGACUGCCGUGGCAAAGACCCCACCAAGGAGUACGCCCCCGACAGCACGCCGGCACCGCAGAGCCAGUCGCCCAUACGCCUUGUCGUCAUGCAGAAUUCGCCGACCUCAGGCCGCUGCGAGCCCAACAACACGUCGGGACACGCGGAGCCACCGACGCCGGACCUGAGCCGGGAGAGAGCGGAACGGGAGAGGGAGAAGAGGAGUACCCUGGUCUGAAGAUGAGGAGGAGAGAGCGCAGGGAGGAGGAGACGACCAUCAGUUGCUGUUGUGUCACUUCGUGCUGUGGGUUUUCGUUCUUGAACUCCUAGUUUUUCUUUUUCAAAGCUGCUGGAGGAUGUUGUUGACCUGCAGAGGAGUCCGCAGAUGGGUCUUUAUGUCUCCUGCAAAUCCCAGAACUCCUUUGCCAGUAGACGCCAGCAGAGGACAUUCCCUUCCCGCUGGUAUCCGUCCUCCAGGCACAGCACACCAACUUCUGGCCGCUGCCAGACUCUGGCCUCGUUUCAUGAAGACACGGGAGACAUUUCAAACAGCAAGAUCUCACCGUUAUCACCGUUUCCCUCAAAUCGACUCCCAUCAGGUGUUGCUCUGAAUCAAGAUGUUUCCAGGAGGAACUGCUGAACGGUGUCCUGAAGCGAAUCUGACUGAUGAGGACCUGGAUCAACCAAUGAGAGACAAGCUGGCAGUGAAUCAUGGACAUGUGCGAACAGAUGAUAGAUAGACGUCAUACCGGGACAAUUCCAGGAAUCUUAAAAGAACGCAAAUGAAACAAAUAGUGAAUCUUCCAGAAAACUUACUAUGAAGAAGAUGCAAAUAUAGCAUUGUAAUAUCACUAGUUAUCUUUUUUUUUUUUUCUAAAGUUGACCUGCUUCUAAGGACACACACAGCUGCAGACUUGGACUUGCAUUUUUGAAUAUUUUAACAGAACGUAUUAAUGCAUUACCAUGAUAAAUACAAGUCUAAAUACAGAUAAAGCAAUUGACAAGUAUCCAGUUGGCCCUCAGUCAUGAAGCUGUGUCAGUGUAGCUCUGGCUUUGGGAAAGGGUUUAGGAUCAACUCCUUUAUGUAGGGUUCUUGAAUUAGAUAUAAGAGCAAAACAUGUGCAGUCAGGCUUUUAUUACAACACACACAUCACCAUAAAGCACCUUUAGUUUAACAGAAGGCCCGAAACAGCAAAAUUACUGAGACACAAAGCACUUUAAUCGUGCCAUUUCCGUUCAAGUCUGGUACAAAGACUGGAUUUGUACCGAUGUGUUCAUAUGGAUGUUAAGGCUCUCGCAAAAGCUGUCACAGAACAGCAGAUACAAAAACUCAUCCUUCAAUAAAACAAAUAUGCAGAAUACAGUAGAGCAGGGGUGUCAA